UUUACACGUACGCGCCUCGCUGCACACGCGCGCGGGCGGGGCCUCACGUGGACUAGGCUCGUGCUUCUUCUCCUCGCUUUCUUCUUUGCUGCCCGCGCGCCGUUCACUCGCGUCACGUCUCGCAUCUCGUGCAGUGUCCGCCGGGCGGCGUGGCGGCCAUCUCUAGCUUGUCUUUGUAUAUAAAGGCAGGGAAGGGCACCCAUGUUUCAUUCAGUCUCUCAGCUGUGUCGCCGCUGAGAAGAAGGAACCGGAGCGAUGGAGCUCUCUCGCAAGCUCUUCACGGCCGUCGUCCUCGUCAUGCUGCUGCUCGUGGCCACAGAGAUCGGGGCGGUGGCGGUGGCGGAGGCGAGGACGUGCCAGUCGCAGAGCCACAGGUUCCGCGGCCCCUGCGUGCGCCGGGAAAACUGCGCCAACGUCUGCAGGACCGAGGGCUUCCCCGACGGCAAGUGCCGCGGCUUCCGCCGCCGCUGCUUCUGCCUCACGCACUGCCGCAACUGAUUCGAUCGAUCGGCCGGGGGAGCAUGCAUGCAUGCCUGCCCGGCGGCGAGUGCAUGCGGCGGGCCCGUCGUUUUCGAUCUCUGUUGCCGUGUCGUCGCGCGUUGAUCGCGAGAACCGUCCAUGAAUAAUAAGAAGAAGUGUGUUUGUGUGGUUUGUUUUUGGACCUUUUUGUCAGCUGGUGUCACAAGUUAUAUUUGUCGUUUGUUGAGUCGUGGAUCGAUCGGUCUAUAGUAGUGUGUGCCGCCUCUGCGUGCUGCUAGCUGCUGUUUCCUCUGUUCUUCCCCUCAAUGUUUCGGUUUCUCCAUAUCAAUGCGUUGAGAUCAGAAAAUUUCAA